AUGAUCUCACUGCACACAGUGAAUUUCGACAGGUCUACUACUACUGCUACUACUACUCUUCCCGUUUGGAAUGCCCAACUCGAUUUGAGCACAAACGUCUCAAACACAUCCACACACGACCUGUUCGCAUCACCGCCGCCGCCAUUCCCUGGCUCGUAUCCGAACCACGGCGCUCACACGGUCUACCGGGCGGAUUCACGCGGACUGGCGAUCGCUGAGAAACGACCAAACUGCCUGUGGACCAAUUCUGCCGCUGUCGGUGGUGGUGGUGGAAUGAUCAGCGGCGAUUCUGUGGGACGACUAUUAUACGCGAACGAGAAAUUGAAAACAAAAGAAAAACUGAAACAUUCCAUUCCCGAUGUAUCCAAGUGUUUAAUAACUGCUCGAACAGAUCAAGCAACAAUAGUCGUGGUAAGUUGA